ACACUCCGCCCCCCAGCCGCCUGCCCUCUCUGUCUCUUUCCUUUUCUCUCUCACGGUAGGGUUGUGCAGUUGCCAAAAGGUGGGGACAUUUCCUGAGCCUUUGCAACACUGAGAAGUUAUCUUAAGGGAAGUUGGACCCCACUCUGAGCACCACGCUUGGAAAGUGCAGGCCCAGCUGGGCACAGCCCUGCCGAGGGAGACACCUGCUCGCCCUCCCCCUGGGUCCUGGCAGCCUCCCGGCCCCCAAGCGUGCGCCUGACCAUGUCCCUGGCCGAGGCCAUCAGCCUCUGGAAUGAAGGGGUGCUGGCAGCCGACAAGAAGGACUGGAAGGAAGCCCUGGAUGCCUUCACUGCGGUCCAGGACCCCCACUCCAGGAUUUGCUUCAACAUCGGCUGCAUGCACACAAUCCUGGAAAACAUGCCUGAGGCGGAGAAGGCCUUCACUAAAAGCAUUAACCGAGACAAGCACUUGGCGGUGGCCUACUUCCAAAGAGGGAUGCUCUAUUACCACAUGGAGAAAUAUGAUGCAGCUAUUAAAGACCUUAAAGAGGCCUUGACUCAGCUUCGAGGGAACCAGCUGAUAGACUACAAGAUCCUGGGGCUACAGUUCAAGCUGUUUGCCUGUGAGGUGUUAUAUAAUGUUGCUUUCAUGUAUGCCAAGAAGGAGGAGUGGAAACAGGCAGAAGAACACUUAGCUUUGGCUAUGAGCAUGAAGUCUGAGCCGAGACAUACUAAAAUUGACAAAGCCAUGGAAUGUGUUUGGAAACAGAAGCUGUAUGAGCCAGUGGUGAUCCCUGUGGGCAGGCUGUUUCGGCCAAACGAGAGGCAAGUGGCUCAGCUGGCCAAGAAGGAUUACCUGGGCAAGGCGACAGUGGUGGCAUCUGUGGUGGAUCAGGACAGUUUCUCGGGGUUUGCCCCUCUGCAGCCACAGGCCGCUGAACCUCCACCCAGACCCAAGACCCCGGAGAUCUUCAGGGCUCUGGAAGGGGAAGCUCACCGUGUGCUGUUUGGGUUUGUGCCUGAGACGCCAGAGGAGCUGCAGGUCAUGCCAGGGAACAUCGUCUUUGUCUUGAAGAAGGGCAACGAUAACUGGGCAACAGUCUUAUUCAACGGGCAGAAGGGGCUCGUUCCCUGCAACUACCUUGAGCCGGUGGAGCUGCGGAUCCAAGCUCAGCAGCAGCCCCAGGAGGAAGCCUCCCCAGAGUCUGAUAUCCCAGCUCCUCCCAGUUCCAGUGCUCCUGGAAGGCCCCAGUUGCCACCCGGUCAAAAAGAAAAAGAAGAGCCCAAGGAAGUAAAGCUCAGCGUUCCCAUGCCCUACACACUCAAGGUGCAUUUCAAGUACACGGUGGUCAUGGAGACUCAGCCCGGGCUCCCCUAUAGCCAGGUCCGCGACAUGGUGGCUAAGAAACUGGAGCUCUUGCCAGAACACACUAAGCUGAGCUAUCGGCCUCCGGACAGCAAAGAGCUGGUGCCCCUUUCAGAAGAUAACAUGAAGGCUGCCUGGGGCCAAGUGAAAAACUACAGCCUGACUUUGUGGUGUGAGAACACAGUGGGUGACCAAGGUUUUCCAGAUGAACCCAAGGAAAGUGAAAAAUCUGAAGCUAAUAACCAGACAACAGAACCUCAGCUUAAGGAAGGAGGCCAAGUGGUAGCACUCUUCAAUUACGAGGCCACCCAGCCGGAAGAUCUGGAGUUUCAGGAAGGGGACAUAAUCCAGAUUAUAUCAAUGGUGAAUGAAGACUGGCUGGAAGGAGAGUGCAAAGGGAAGAUUGGCAUUUUCCCCAAAGCGUUUGUUGAAGAACAUGCAACUACAGAUUUGGAAAGCUCUCCUAGAAGAGUCUAGGAUGUUCCAUAACCUACAAAGUUGGAGAAAAGUAACUAUAAUCAUUUGUGAGGUUUAAGCAUGCCCCUGAAGUACACUGUAGGGAGACAUCACUAUUCGGAAGUGUUAACUAGUCUACUUUUCCCACUGAAAAUUUAACCCAUUACACAAUGAUAUGAGAACUUAUCAUGAUGAUGACCCUGGCGGGUGGGGUGGGGUGAGUGGGUGGAAGUAUCUGGAAGGGCAUGAGGGGGUCUUCUAGGGUGCUGAUAAUGUUUCUUGCUCGGAGUGGUGCCUACCCAAAUGUGUUCACUUUGUAAAAAGUUCACUGAGCUGUACACUUACUAUUGGUGCACUUCUAUAUGUGAUACCUCAAUAAAAAACUUACAAAAACAAGACACCGAGAGUACAGGCCCAAGGCUGAACUAUAAAUACCCCUAUUCCUGUACCACGACAGUCACAGACUCCUCGAGCCUGAAGUAAAUUUACAGGUAAUUCAGAUGGCAGACACACAUAAAAAUAACUUUCCUCUAUUAAAAGUCUCAUUGCUUAAACAGAA